UCCAUAUCAUGACCCCCAUGCAGGACAUCACCAGCUGGCUCACCCAGCAAUGCGACGGUCAGAUCUCUACUACGCCAUCUACCCCCUCCGACAUGUGCUUACCAGCCCACAGAGCUCCCGUACGGCGAACUCGCAAAGCCGUCCUCUUUUUCUAUGAUGGACGCGAUGAAGGGUCUUCAGAUGAUGGACUCCAAGAUGGACACUGGAACAAGAGACAAGCUCCAAUCAACACAGUUGUUUGAUCCCAACGCCAAUAUCUCAGCCGAGGACUUGUGCUUUAUCAUGGACCGUAUGCUCGCUCUAGAGGUAUCGUGGUAUCGAGGGGGUAACCUCUGCCAGUCCGUCUACUCGUGUCUUUACUUCCACAACCUCUAUAUGAUAGAGGCACCGUCAGACCCUCUGGCAACAGGAAAUCUCCUGACCAAGCUUGUGCUGCGAGCCUACAUCCUUCUCUUUUGCAAGAGUAUUGACUUUGCAUACACUGAGUUUGCAAAGGGCAACGUGUACGAAGGGGAGGAUUGCUGGUUGGACCACUAUGGAGUUCCUUUGAGGGUCAGCGAAGACACAGACACAGUUGUGGCUGUUGCAGAUGACGCUUUGGGCUGGCUGGAGAGUGAAGAGUGCCAACUGCCCGUUUUCUUGAAAAACCAGUUAGUCUACCGCCUGGUCUUCAGAAGAAACUUUCUACAAUACAUUGAUGCCUCGACAUUAUCGGCCUCGCCCACAAGACAAAUAUUGCUAGUUAUGAAGCUAGCGGCGGAAGAGAUCAAGCCAUGUGAAUCUCUCUCAGACACAGUUGGGUCGGCUUUCGACAAAGACAUGUCUUCGUAUCUUCGCCAGAGCAUGCCUCUUCCUGAUUUUCGCCAAUUUGAUUUUGAUCAAUCUUGGGGCGAAAUGAAAAGCAUGGUCAGAGACCUCCUGAGGGUAGAAACACUGUUGGCAAGUGGAGGCUGGGAUCAAUGGAGCUGCUUCUUCUGGGGAAUGAGGAUGUCCAUUGGGAAAAGGAACCCUCUCCUGCGCUCACUGAUUAAGACACGUUUCACCAUGCUUUGCGAUGAACGGGCUGAUAGUGGCGUCUACAAGAGCGACAUCUUGGCUACCGAAGGUCUUGCACAAGAAAGUGCCGACACGAACCAAGUGCAAGUCGUCCUAAAGUCUGUGACUCAUAACACAUCUUUCUCUUCGCAGGCGCAGUCGCUGAAAGUCUGGAAGGUUCUUUUGCUGAAAGAUGUUCUGACUACACUUGCAAUCGCAUCGCAAAAUGGACCUCGACAGCGCCGGUCUUUGAUCGACCUUUCUCACCAACUACGCGAACGCGCUACCAUGGCCGAGUACCAGGCCUUCCCGCACAUCAGUCAGACUAUACAUCUGCUGCGACUGGACUGCAUGCUCGAUGCUGCUUUGGGUGCACUGGACUUGGAGCUGGUACACCCUGCCGAUGAAAGAGAAGCAUGGUGGUGGAUAAGGACUGUGGCGAAGGCUCGUAUCAGAGGGGGUACUGAAAGCUCUACCAUUCGGGCGCGAUGGGCUGAAGCAUGGGAGAGUAUUGGGGCUGGUAUGGAAAUUCUCUUGACUGCCAUCCCUCUUUCGUCCUUGCCAAUAUCAAACUCGACACAGAAAGCUCGUUUCGCCCUCAAAUACAAACACUACUCCAAGGCAAUAUACAUGCCUGACGGAACCAAACGAUCCGUCGGUGUUGUCCCGGCGUAUGAGGACUGGAUCAGAUCACAAGACGAGAUGGACAACAAUCCAACCUUUCGUGAUGUAUUUGUCGCCAAACCACUUCUUGAACAGGCAUGGGAGAUACUAGAAUCAUUGGACUCGGUUGAUUUACCGGAUGCGGCCACAUCAGACUUGAAGGCAAUCAUAGGCUGUUUGCAAGCUGCCCUCUUGUCCAAUAUCCAGACCAUUGAGCAAAAGCCUACAAGGCUACGUUGGAGACGGCACUCCCGCGAACCCGAUAGUAUCGGCCGAUGGAUAUUGUUGUUGGAAUAACGUUGGAGUAAUUCAUUGACAUCAUGCA